CAAGCCAUGGGACUAACGCUGUUCUCCGGGCGAUGAGGAGUGCUGGCCAGGGGCAGAAACUGCUUUCCUUUCCUCUGGAAGAAAACAAGCCGUGAGGACACCUAAGGAUGUGCUGCCCAGAUGUGUUUCCCACCUCCACCUUCCUCCUAGGACUCAUGUGCUUGACAGCUUUCAGCAACUUUGCCGGGACUUCUGCAGACUUCUCAGGUUACAUAUCACAGGUACUAAAGAAUUACACUGACCAUGCCUGUGAUGGAGAAUAUGUGUCCCUGAGAUGUCCCCACAGAACCACCAUCAGCAUCCAGUCUUCCUUUUAUGGCCGAAUUGUACCAAGCCAUCAGCUGUGUCCUUCUCGCUAUCCCCACUCCUAUGCAACUUUAAUUAAAGAAGAUGUUGCCUGUUCAGUUGGCACUUCUCUUCAGAAGAUGCUGGAUGAGUGCCAGGACAGGCGGAGCUGCCAGUUCCUCGUCAACAGCCGGCUGUUCGGGAUGGACCCGUGCCCCGGGACCGGCAAGUACCUCCUCGUGUGGUACAAGUGCAGGCCAAAUGAAUACAAGAGUAAAGUAGCCUGUGAAGAUGACAAGCUGAGGCUGAGCUGUAAGAAGAGCAUGGUGAUAGCCAUUUACUCUGCUAUCUUUGGGAGGACACAAGGAGGCAGCCUGGAGUGCCCACACCAAAACCUAGGGAUGCCCAUGAUUGAGUGUCAGUCAGCCACUGCUCUUCAGCUCAUGAUCAAGCGCUGUCACGGGAAAAGAAGCUGCAGCAUAUAUGCCAGCACCUAUGAAUUUGGAGAUCCUUGUUACCCAGGCAUCCAAAAGCAUCUUAAUGUCAUCUACACCUGUGUUCCCAAGAAGCUUCUGCAUGAAACUCAGGCAAGACCAACCAACCAACAAGGGUACCAGAAGCCACGUUUUCCACUGCAGCCAAGAGUGUUUGACCCCAAUGUUGUAGGGGACGGCGUGUUCCUUUCGGAUGUCUCUCCUUCCGGAAUAGAGCGAGCUCUCCCAGCAGAGAAGAAGAAAGGGAGGUCGGCCACUUUCUACCCUGUGGACAGCACCCCUCUCCUGCUCCCUGUGGAUGAGACACGGCUCAGCAGCAGCAGCAGCAGCAGCAUGGAGCCCGUGGGUGUUGGCACGGAGAUGGCCCUGCUCAGCAACAUCCUGGCAGCCUAUGCCUUCAUCACAGAAAACCCCGAGCGGGCCGCGCUGUAUUUCGUGUCCGGAGUGUGCAUCGGACUGGUGCUGACCCUGCUGGCGCUGGUGCUGCGGGUGUCCUGCCGGACGGACUGCAAGCGCUCCUCCUCCAAAAAACCUCCCCGGGAGCGGGAGAGCGACAGCGACAGCAGCGACAGCGACGACGACUCGGACACCACGUCGGACCUGUCUGCCCGCAGGCACCGCCGGUUCGAGAGGACUUUGAACAUGAACGUGUUCACGUCGGCGGAGGAGCUGGAGCGGGCGCAGCGGCUGGAGGAGCGGGAGCGCAUCAUCCGCGAGAUCUGGAUGAACGGGCAGCCCGACAUCCCGGGCACCCGCAGCCUCAACCGCUACUACUGAGCGGCUCCUGCACUGCUGCCCGGCGCCGGGGCUGCCCGCGCCGCGGGGCCGCGGGGAUCCGCACCCGGCACGGAG